AUGGUGCAUUUUACUGCUGAGGAGAAGGCUGCUAUCACAAAUCUGUGGGGCAAGGUGAACAUAGAAGAGAUUGGUGGUGAGGCCUUGGGAAGGCUUCUGGUUGUCUAUCCAUGGACCCAGAGGUUUUUUGACACUUUUGGCAAUUUGUCCUCUGCCUCUGCCAUCAUGGGCAACCCCAAGGUCAAGGCUCAUGGGAAGAAAGUGCUGACCUCCUUUGGAGAUGCAGUUAAGAACAUAGACAAUCUCAAGGGAGCUUUUGCUAAACUGAGUGAACUGCACUGUGACAAGUUACACGUGGAUCCUGAAAACUUCCGGCUCCUGGGCAAUGUGAUCGUGAUCAUUAUGGCUUCGCAUUUUGGCAAGGAGUUCACCCCUGAAGUACAGGCUGCUUGGCAGAAACUGGUGGUUGGUGUUGCCACAGCUCUGGCUCACAAGUACCAUUGA